CUCCCAAGCAAUAGUGGGAUGGAAUGGGAAGAAAAAGACGUAAGAGGUGUUCUCAAAGAACUAGACCAGCUGAUGCCCAAUGUAUCUUUCACGGAUAUAAAGACCACCACAAGUGCCAAGAACAGCAAAGCCACAAUAUUAAACCCCAAGGAUUCUUAUUGCAUUGGAGAUCCCUUGAUAGUUCGACUGGAUUUGUACAACCACUUGGGGAACAGAAAGGAGUACGGAGGAGACUUCUUACAAGCGAGGAUCUACUCUUCAAGCCUUAAGGCCGGAGCAUCUGGGCAUAUUGUGGACCAUAAGAAUGGGACGUACCUGGUCAAUUUCACUUUAUUUUGGGAGGGCAAAGUCAGAGCAUCUCUCCGGCUCAUCAAUCCCAGUGAAGGCGUUUCUGCAUUGUGGGCUGCGAGGAAGAGAGGCUACAACAAAAUAGGUUUCAGGGGCAGGUUUUUAAAAGGAACAUUGGAUGUCUUCAGUGACUGUGGUUUUAAUAUAGCAACAAAAGAAGAACUGUGUGAGUAUCUGGACAGGAGAGACAAGGAGUCCUUCUACUGCGUGAAACCAAAGAAUGUGUCUUGUGAAGCUCUUGUUUCGCUGAAGUCCUACAACAAGCCCAUCUCAUAUCUCACUGCCCUGGAAAAGAGACUUUUUGACAGGUCCAACAUUGGAGCUGAGAUCCCGCAGGCAUUUGGAGACAUUAGCGUUGCAGCUUGUGGAAGCAAGAAGACUACGGCAAGUGAGAAGUGCCAGGUUGGGAUGAACUCCCCAUCUCCCAGUGGCUUUGUCUGGCAGAACCAGUGGCAUCCUGUGUUCUGCAAUGUGUCCACAUUCAACACUUUGGAGCGGAUUAACACUUGCUUGGAACGAAAGCUAAUUUACUUCCUGGGAGACUCAACUGUGAGGCAAUGGAUCGAGUAUCUCACAAAGAGAGUCAAUACCCUUAAAUAUCUUGACAGCCAUGGAGCUGGGAAGCACCGGAAUUUGAUCGCUGUGGACAUGGAGAGAAACAUCCAAAUCCACUGGAAAAAACACAACCACCCUUUUGUCACUUCUUCUGAGUAUAUGGUAAGAGAUCAUAACUACGUCGCUCGGGAGAUUGACCUGGUGGCAGGUGACAAAGACACAGUGGUUGUCAUCGGUCUGGGCCAGCACUUCCGCCCCUUCCCCAUUGAGCUCUUCAUCCGAAGGGCAAUCAAUGCCCGGGGAGCCAUCCAGCGCCUUCUCCUGAGGAGCCCAGAUACAAAAGUCAUCGUCAAAGGGGAGAACACCCGGGAGGUGUUCAUAGAACAAGAAAUAUUUGCAGACUUCCAUGGCUAUGCCCAGCACCUUGCACUAAAGGACAUUUUUCGGGAUCUGAAGGUGGGCUUCGUUGAUGCCUGGGAUAUGACAGUUGCUUACGGCAUGAACAUACUUCACCCACCAGAUCAUGUGGUUGGAAAUCAGAUUGAUAUGUUUUUAACUUACAUAUGUUAAAGCGCUAAAGCAAAGAGGAAGCAGAGAACUACGGGUCAGAAAACAUAU